GUGACGCCAGGAUGGCGAGUGAGAACGGGGAGGAGAAGCCCCAGCAGGAUACUGGUGAUCCAGGAGGACGUUUGCUGUGGUUGGCCAAAGCCGGUGAGAGUCAGUCCAGGGCGGAGGAACCCGUCAGGAGCUGCUCACACCGUAUGAGGCACCGGAGCGUCCUCAUGGGCGAGAGACCCUACCCAUGCUCUGAGUGUGGGAAAAGCUUCAGCCAGAGCUCCUCUCUUAUUAGACACCAGAGAAUCCACACAGGCGAGACCCCGUUCGCAUGUGCCGAGUGCGGGAAACGCUUUAGCCAGAGCUCUUCCCUGGUCACCCACCGGAGAAUCCACACCGGCGAGACGCCCUACGCCUGUGCCGAGUGCGGGAAAAGCUUCCGGCGGAGCUCAAACCUCAUCACGCACCAGAGAAUCCACACCGGCGAGACGCCCUACGCCUGUGCCGAGUGCGGGAAAAGCUUCCGGCAGAGCUCAAACCUCAUCACGCAUUGGAGGAUCCACACCGGCGAGACGCCCUACGCCUGCGCCGAGUGCGGGAAAUGCUUCAGCCAGAGCUCAACCUUCAUUCGACAUCAGACCAUCCACACCGGGGAGACUCCCUACGCCUGCUCCGAGUGCGGGAAAAGCUUCAAUCGGUGCUCUGCCCUGAUCACGCACCGGAGGAUCCACACGGGAGAGACGCCCUACAGCUGCGCCGAGUGCGGGAAACGCUUCAGUCUGAGCUCGACCCUCAUCGCACACCGGAGGAUCCACACCGGGGAGACACCCUACGCCUGCGCCGAGUGCGGGAAAAGCUUCCGGCAGAGCUCCAACCUGAACACCCAUCGGAGGAUCCACACCGGGGAGACGCCCUACGCCUGCGCCGAGUGCGGGAAACGCUUCAGCCAGAGCUCAACCUUUAUUAGACAUCGGCGAGUCCACACGGGGGAGACGCCUUACACGUGCUCUGAGUGCGGGAAAAGCUUCCGGCAGAGCUCCACCCUCAUCACGCAUUGGAGAAUCCACAUGGAAGAGGCCCCCUACGCAUGCUCCAAGUGCGGGAAACGUUUUAGCCACAGCUCUGCCCUUAUUAGACAUCUGAGGAUCCACACCGGGGAGACCCCUUACCCCUGCUCUGAGUGCGGGAAACGUUUCAGCCACAGCUCUGCCUUGACCACGCACUGGAGAAUCCACACGGGAGAGACGCCCUACAAAUGCUCUGAGUGCGGGAAAAGCUUCCGGCGAAGCUCCGGCCUCCGCACCCACUGGAGGAUCCACACCGGCGAGACGCCCUACACGUGCUCCGAGUGCGGGAAAAGCUUCAGCCACAGCUCCACACUGACCACCCACCGGAGAAUCCACACCGGGGAGACGCCCUACGCCUGCGCCGAGUGCGGGAAACGCUUCCGGCAGAGAUCCAGCCUCAUCACGCACCGGAGGAUUCACACCGGAGAGACGCCCUACGCCUGCUCCGAGUGUGGGAAACGCUUCCGGCAGAGCUCAAACCUUAUAUCUCAUCAGAGAAUCCACAUGGGGGAGACACGCUGAAUGUGCUCUGAGUGUGGGAAAAACUUCCGUCAUGGCGCAUCCUUCCUCUGACACCAGAGAAUCCCCACGGGUGAGAGACCCUAUAUGUGCUCCGAGUGUGGGAAAAGCUUCAGUGAGAGCUGUGCCCUUCUUAGGCAUCUGAGAAUCCACCCUGGAGAGACACCCUACACCAGUGGGUCUCAACCAGGAGUACACGUCCCCCUGGGGAUACGCAGAGGUCUUCCAGGGGGCACAUCAACUCAUCUCGAUAGCUGCCUAGCUUUACAACGGGCUACAUAAAAAGCGCGAGCGAAAUCAGUACAAACUCAGAUUUCCUACGGACAAUGACUUGUUUAUACUGCUCUAUAAGUUAUACAUUGAAAUGCAAGUACAAUAUUUCUAUUCCAAUGGAUUUAUUUUAUAAAUGUUAUGGUAAAAAUGAGAACAUCAGCACAUUUUUAGUACUAGGGUGGCCGGGACACUUUUGUAUUUGUAGGUCUGGUUUUGUAAGCAGGUGAGGUGAAACUUUGGGGGACGCAAGACAAAUCAGACUCCGGAAAGGGGUACAGUUGUCGGCAAAGGUUGAGAGCCGCUACCCUACAGAGAGCUCUCGCCUUAUCACACAUCAGAGACUCCCCAUGGGUGAGAGACCCAACACAUGCUCUGAGUGCGGGAAACGCUUUGGUCGAAGGUCAGGCCUUGUCGCCCACGAGCAUGGGCGGGGUGUAUCGUAGGCUGGGGCAGGCCGGGCCUCCCUGUGACCAAGUGGGGGAUUUUCUUAUCUUUUCGUGGUUUUCCAAUGGUUUGCAGGCAGAGGGGGUGGGACUCAGUGUCCCUGAGUGUUACUGGUUUAACGAGGGGAGGGAAGAGGAAGUUUGUGGUUACAGAGGACCGAAGAGGGAACUUGGGGCCCCAGCCAGUGGCCUGGAGGAGGGAUACCUGGUGACCUGACGACCCUCACCGGAGACCCAGCUCAGGAGUCGUAGCCAGUUCUGGCCAGUGGGAGGACAAUGGGCUGCGAAGAGAGGACCCCGGUGACCGGACCAGCCAGUUCCAGCCAGAGGGGGACGGAGAGGAGAGGAGGCCCAGAGGACCCUGUUUACCUGGAAAGAAGACAAUGGACAGAGGCGGGGCUUGGGGUGGCUGGGGCCACACAGCACUGGGGAGCCCCCGGGUGCUGGGGCUGGGAUCCUUUCUGUCCACUCUGUGGUGGGAGGCGCUGGGAGGGGGGGAGGUGCUGAUCAGGGCAGGCUGCCAGUUCUUUUUCCAUGGGUGCUCCAGCCCCAGAGCACCCACGGAGUCAGCGCCUAUGGGACAGAACGUCUCAUUCCCAGUUGUUCGCGUGUUGAUCAGAGUGGUAGGGGAAGAUUGCACAAUAACAAAAAGCAGCCCAGGGGAUAAACGUCAUUUCAGCCUCUCUUUCCCGAGGGAGAUCAGGGAUUCCCUCCUUCCGCAUCGCCAUCAAGAUCCCACUUCUCCAAUCCCAGCCCAGCCGUCCGCGUGAGCCGCAACAGAAUUUAUAAUCCCCACUUUCUACCCCUCCAGCUCCUGCAGUGCCACACGAUACAAAGUUCGCAGCCCUCUGCGGGUGAGUUUUCUCGCUCUCAUCCUAAAUCAAACUCACUGAGGCUGGAGGUGAAAGCGCUGGAGGGGGUGAUCAAUCCCUGUUUUAAUCCUGGUUUCUGUCCAUCGGAAAAGUAUUUCUGAGUUUUUUCCUGCUGAGCCGGGAUUCUUUGCAAGGUGGGAACGUUGGUUGUUUUCCCCCAUUACCGUGAGGCUAAAACUUUUUUGGGGGGAAAUAGGACUGGUGAAUAAUAAUGAAGUGGCUCUGAGUGAAGCAGGUUUGUCUGCACCAGGGGAGAAUACAAUCUUCUCAUUUUGAGUCAUCAGACGUCACCUGCUCUGGAAUUUCAUUUUAUAGGAAAUUUGAAAGUGUCUGACACCCCUUUGUGUGCUGGGGUUUCCUCUCUGUCCUGAUUGGUCAAAUAUUGGGAUAUUAGUUUUGUUUGACAGCCAGGGCCGGCUCUAGAAUUUUUGCCGCCCCAAGCAGAAACAAUUUUGGCAG